AUGUAUACCGGUCAUUUCUCAACGGCAUUACUAUUUCAUUCCUAUAAUCCAUCUCUAACUCCAUUUUCAUUUACAUUUGGUGUUUGUAUAAUUGAUAUUGUGUUUGGUCUAUUGAUUCUAUUUGGUCUUGAACGAAUUGAUCUGAAUGUGAAAGGUACUAGUGUCGAUUUAUAUUGUCCGAUUAGUCAUUCAUUAUUAGGAUCAGUCGCUAUUAGUUAUUUAUGGGGUUAUAUUGAUAUAACUGGAAAAUAUUUCAUACCUUUAUUUUUCUCAUCAUUCACUCAUUUCAUCGAAGAUUGGUUUGUGCACAAUUGGGAUUUACCAUUGUAUCCAUUUAGUUCAAUAUAUGUUGGUGGAACAUGUUUCCAUGCCAAGUAUCCACGAGCAGCAUUUUAUUUAGAAUUGAUCUUAUGUAUAUUAUGUUCGAUUGUAGCAUGGCGAAGAAAGAUUUUAGAUAAUUCACAAUUAACAGUACAAAUUAGCUUAUUUUUGUCCAUUGCUUAUAUUUUAUUAAUGCAUUAUUUAUGUCGAAAAUCAAUAUCUGGUGAAUUGGCAAACUUAUUGAAGAAAGAACAAGAUAUUAAAAAGCAACGACGAAUGAUGGGUGUAGUUUCACUAAAAGCUUUUGUUAUACCAGCUAUAAUUUUAGGCACGUUAUUGAAGCUGCCACGUAUAUUUAAGUUGUUCAUAGAAUAA